AUGAAGGGAGGAGACUACUGCUUCCUAGCCCCUUCUCACUGGGCACACUUCCUCAAGCCCAAGGAUAACCAACCUCACUGGCUCCAGCUGAAUCAGAGCUUCACCUUCUCAGCCUUGUGUUGUCUUCCUUCCUCCUUUGGUGAGGAUGACAGUGACGGCGGGGGCCUGACCACUGGAACUGCCUCAGGGAGAAAGGGUGACUGCAACUUCUUUGAGAACUCCAGGCUCCAGGGAAUAAAUGGGACUCAAGGGCUAUUAACCCUCAGGGGAGAUGCCCUAGUAACCUUUCCAGGGGGCAACAAGCAUUCCCAUGAUUGGGGUCACUGUGAAGAGUUUACUAUUCCUGUAGAUUUGCUCAAUGAUAUGGACUUCAUUUACCUAUUUUUCAAGAAGCUGGGCAGAGAUUUGGGGUGUAGUAUGGGUAUCAUGUUCAUUCUGGCAGUGGGUACAGUCAGCACUGGAGGCUACUGGGCAGGAGCCACAGAGAAGAAAAGACAGCAAUACAUCAAAUGCAGUUGUAAAAAAAGAGAAUAUUUCGAACAUGUAACAAUCAACCCUGAUAUCCCCUUUAUCUGUGGAAGCAUAGCAACAUCCUCCUUUUUGUUACUCAUGCUUUACUGCUUUUAUGAUCAUGUAGUGUGUUUAAUGAUAGGAUUAUUCUGCCUAUAUGCAUCUCUCGGUCUCUACAGCUGUCUAUCCCCUGCCUUGAACAAACUCCCAUUUGGAGAGCAUAAAGUUUAUUUACAGCAUUUUCACAAAUGCUUAGAAGUGAAGAAAUUGCUCUUAGCAGGGUUCAGCAUCUUCACUGCUGUCUUUUGGAUGGUCUUCAGAAAUGAGGAUCAAUGGGCCUGGAUCCUGCAAGAUGCUCUAGGAAUCUCUAUCUGCCUUCAUGAACUAAAAACAGUCCACAUACCCAGGAUGAAGAACUGCAGCUUGUUUCUACUUGCUCUUUUGGUCUAUGAUGUCUUUUUUGUGUUUAUCACUCCUCUCCUAACCAAGUGUGGGGACAGCAUAAUGGAAAUGGUAGCUCUUGGACCAUCCAACUCAGCCCACCAUGAGAAAAACCCCUUUCUGCUGAAGAUUCCAGUGUGGUACCCUACACCAGCUUUUGACAACAGCCCUUUUACUGUCCUAGGCCUUGGGGACAUUUUAAUUCCUGGUUUCCUGGUAGCCUACUCUCAUAGAUUUGAUAUUCAGGCACGAUCUUCAUGGAUCUAUUUUGUAACUUCUACUAUAGCGUAUAGCUACGGUCUCUUGGUGAGCUUCAUAGCUUCAACAUUAACACAGAAAGGUCAGCCAGCUCUUCUCUACUUGGUGACCUUCACUCUUACCGCUUGCUUGCUUGUUGCUUUUUUGCGCCAGGAGUUGACAGUCUUUUGGACAGGCAGUGAUUUUACAAAGCAGCUCUCCUGUCCUCCCUUGGAAAUCAGUAUCAGCUACCCUGAUACCCAAACAGAUCCAAAGACACAAAUGUGGCUUAAAGAAGGGGAAGAACAAAUGAUCAAUCACAUAUCCAAUAAAGACCAACCACAUAAUUCAUUUGUUUUGAAAGAAGAACUUACUGACACCAAUAUACACAGUGAAGAGAAAAACUUCAUAUUAUCAAGAGAAGAAAUAAGCAAUCAAUGUAAGUGUGAUAUCAAACAAGGCAGUCUCAAAGCAGAGAAUCAGCCAGACACCACGACAGACAAAAAUCCCAGAACCACACCCUGA